CCAAGUCCCUGGGUCAUAGAUCUGUCUCAAGUUGCUGAUUCCGUCAUUCUCUACUGUGAUCCCGAGUCUUCUCGCCGUCUGAAAAGAUUUGCUGGACGGUCGCGACAUCCACCGAAACUCCUUCCAAGCUGUCUCAAAACUCGACGCCUUACAGGCAGCCACGGUCGCUCCGUGCUUGACUCGUAUAUCCCGACCGUCGGCAAUCGAUAGAGCGCUUCCGACCUAUCGCCAUUAUGGGUGUCUGAAUUCGCCGUGGGACGACAGACUCUGUUGGGCAUUGAUGACAAUUCAUACAUAUGAUUCUGUGGCGUGCUUGGCCUGCUUUGACCUCGACGUGAAACGUCCUGGGUUGCCUGUGCUAUCAUGGAGCAUGACGGGCAUCUGGCCCCCCGCCAGAUUUGGGCACAGCCAACGACAACGACAAGCAGAGUAUACGAAUCAGGCUGCACUCCAUUUCUACUACCAAGCGAUGGUCACGUUUAUUUGAACCGUUCUUAUACGAUUACCUUGACCGAAAAUGCGAUCUACGAUCCCGUGUGCACGAGCACAGCAACGGCUACGCAGCAUGCUAUCGCGGCGCUCGACACCACUGACCCCUUUUAUUCUUCGAUAGCGCCUCAGUUGUACGCCAUGGGCUGCACGACUGUGGUCAGCUACUUGCUCGUCAUAAUUCUGCUUAUCACGCCGCGCACGUUUUACGUUGGUGGUCCCGGUGGUGGUGCGAAUCUUCUCGGACGGCGCGGCAUGAUAACCGGCUCAUACAGCGGGAAUUCCUCGGUAGUCGGUGUUGGUGGUCGUCCCUGGCUGCAAAAGGUUGCCGCGCUGUUGGUGGCUGUAUCACUCACCAUCGCUACGGCGGAUUCUUUUCGGGUCGCCGAACAACAAUACAACUAUGGCUACUCUGACGCUGAAGCCUUGGCUGACGAAGUCAUUGAUGGAAUGGAAAUUCGAGUUGUCCGAGUCAUCUCAAGUACCUUCCUCUGGCUUGCCCAAGUUCAGACUUUGAUUCGCCUGUUUCCGCGGCAUAAAGAGAAGGUCAUGAUCAAGUGGGCCGGAUUUGCGUUGAUUGUUUUCGAUACCACCUUCAGCAUUCUGGACAAAUUCCUUGUUAAAUCUCAUACCACGCGUCCGCGGCUAUACGAAGAUGCGAUACCUGCACUUAGUUACCUUUUCGAGCUUGCUCUGAACCUACUUUACGCCGCAUGGGUCAUCUUUUACUCUCUGUCGAAACAUCGAUUUGCUUUCUUUCACCCGAAAAUGAGAAAUAUCUGCCUGGUGGCACUUUUGUCGCUGUGCGCCGUUCUCAUACCGGUCGUCUUCUUUGUUCUUGAUAUGGCAAAACCAAAGAUUGCCGGUUGGGGUACCUACGUCCGAUGGGUGGGGUCAGCUGCAGCGAGUGUCGUUGUCUGGGAAUGGGUGGAACGGAUUGAAGCCCUGGAGAGAGACGAACGGAAGGACGGCAUUCUGGGACGGGAGAUAUUUGAUGGAGACGAGAUGCUUGAAGUGACUCCCUCAGAGGAAGUCGAUUGGCCUCGCUACAAUCCUAACAAUAAUGAUCGUGGCGGUGGGGCUGGAAUGUCCUCUGGAUGGGGAGGUAUGAUGGGUUUGGCCCACCGUCCUCUCCGAACUAGAGUUGGGCGCAAUUGGCAAGCCAACUUGGAAAGUCAAACAAAUAUCGCCUCCGCCGAUGCAAGGCGUAGGAGGAUAGUCCCUCGACCUACCCCUCCACCUGCAGCCCUGACUCCCGUUAGUCGGGCCGAUACCACGAGUGCAGCUAGUACCGUGUACAACGUACAUUAUCACCCCGUGUCCAGUCCAACGCCACCAGUUGCCAUGCCACAUAUGGAAGAGGAGGAUGAGGAUAUGGAUGACGAAGCGGCUGCAAAGGAGAUGACCACAGUUGUGGAGAGUCAACAAGCUGAUAUGGUCCAAAAUAGAUUGUCAGCACAGCCGACCAGGGAGCAGUCUCCCCAAAUCGUCCACAUGGACAGAGGGUGGCGGACCUUGUUGAAUCCGUUCAAAAGGAGGCGUGCUUCCCUGCCAAGGGAGGUUGCGUCUGCGCAAGCGGAGGAAGAGGCCCCUGGUUCGCAUAUUAGGAGAGAAAAUAGUAACCCACCGGGCAAUGCACUUGAGGACAGUGAUGAUGAACACAGCCUCGGACCCGAUCGAGCUGGAGCUUUCUUUCCGAUCCCGAGGCGGUUGCGUCCCAGUUCUGGACGCCAGGGUGCGGGGUCCCCACUGCCCAUCACUGUCAUACCUGCAAGACGACGCGGCCAGCAAACCUGGUCGCCGCAGCAUUUCAAUGAUAGUGGUCUUUUCGAAACCACCAACUCUAGCCAAAGGGCUCCGUCAGGCCGUGCUGAGGGCCGUGCUGAUGGCCGUACAGGCCUGCCUUUAAGAGUCAUUCAGCCGCAAACUCGAACCGCUGCCCCUUGGAGUGUAGAUGAUAGCAAUGCGUAUCAAGAGCUGCGUUAUGAUCCCGAGGCAGCGGCUCUAGUUGACUUUGAUCCUUAUCACCGUGAUCGCACCUCAACGCCUGCUGGAUAUGUCACACCAGAGCCAGCCUUGAACAACAACCCCGAUGCACACCAACCGACAGGUACAGACAGGAGCUCAACAGAGCCAUCGCCGCCAUCACAUUCUCCUCAUGCUCAUACUCAUGAACCUCUGGUGGAUGGAGAUGUACGAUCUCAGCAGCAAUGAUGGAACACCCUAAUACUCUGGGUUUCAUGUUCUUUGCACUUUUUUCUUAUGAGUAAUACUUGAAUUAGCGGGGAGUAUCGGAUCUAACACCAUCUUUUCCAUAUACCACGGUCAUCUAUUUUGCAUCCAUCGAAUUGUUGGAGCGACCUUCUCUACGGAUGCCCGUCUAUCUGUUAUAUAUUCAUGGUUCUCGUUCCGCCUGCUCUGGAUGUUCCUGGGUUGGGUCACCUCGAGAAGAGUUUGCUGGUGCUCUACGCCCUUCACACUUUUCAGGCAGCUUUGCCGACAUUGGAGGUACCUGGCGCAUUUUUGUAAAGAAAGAUACCCCUUGGGAUGCAUGUACUUACGGGCUUGAUAUACAUAUAUAUUGUUUUCUUGUGAUUUCGCUUUCUCUUGGGUGCUUCCGAC